AGAAUCGACGCGCCAAGUGGCCAAUGGUAACGCAGACCUGCGAACCGCGCUCCAAUCCCGAGGUUCGGGGGGCGGGGCCCGACCCCGAGCCCUCGGCGGGAGGACAUGGCGUUUCGGCGGCAGCUGCGACAGCUGUUCCAGGGCGGGCAGCCCACCGGGACAAUCGUGGUGGAGCGGGCCUCUGCCCCCGCCGCUACUGCCUCGAUGUCGCUGUCGGCGCCCCUGCCUCCGCCGUCGCCGCCGUCCUCUCCGUCGUCGCCGUCGUCGUUGUCGUGGUUGUCUUCCGUGCCGCCGGCCGCGGUGCCAGCGUCGCCGCCGCGGCGGCAGGGUCCGCUGCCGGAAGAGUGCGCCGUGUUCCACUGCCGCGGCUGCUGGACGGUGCUGGGGGACUCGCUGCAGCUGUGCGGGCAGGAGCCGCCGGGGCUCAGCGUCCUCAUCUGCUUCAAAGUCACCAGCGAUGUGAUCUGGGAGAACUCGCUGUUGGUCGGCCUCGAGGGAGACCUCCUGGGAUGUGCUUAUUAUUUAUUAUACUGCCGGUCAUGUGGCUUGGCCUUGGGCUUCAUUCUUUAUUCUUCUGGCAGUGACCUGGCAUAUCUCCGAGGCUUGUUCUGUUUCUUCAAGGACAGCAUCAUGUGUUACCUCUUAAAAAACCAAAUGGUUAUAGAAGCUUCUAAGGUCAAUUUUCCAGCUGUAACCUUAAAGGAACACAUAGAAAAAGUGAAAAAAAGGGUUGUGGACUUCAAUGAUCACUUAGAAUUAGUGAUAAGGAAGCUGGAGAAACUGGAACAAAAUAAUUAUGUAACAGAAUGGCAAAACUCUUCAACAUAUCCACAUGACCUACUAUUACCUGCAUACCUAGAAUAUGCAAGAGUUAAUGCCAACUAAUAUCCAUUUUCAAGAACUGCUGGAGUUGUUUUUGCAUCUCUGCUGAGUUUGGCCAUUACAAAGAAAUAAUGUACCAGACCAGGUCUGAGUGUUGAUCUGUCACUUUGUCUGUGUGUGUAAAGAUGAUGAAAUGCAUCUCAGGGGAACACCUGAAAAUCUGACAUCUUGAAGUUGUGCUUGGAGAAUGAAUAGCUCACCCAUGCAGCAUGUCAUUCUCUGAGGCUAUAUUAACUGUGGCUUUGGUUUUCCUAAUGACUACAUGGGGAAAACCAUCCUUUGAAAUAGUGAAGUCAGGUUUCUGGAGCUAUGCAAAACAUACUUAACAAGGUGAUGAUAAUUCAAGAGCCACCAUUACAAACUGAGCAUUCUUAGAGAUCUAAAGCUCUUGUCCUACUUUUAAUACAGACAUAGCGUUAAUGGCAGCUUUGGUUUUAGUGGCAGCUAGUUUUUGGUGAAGUGGCUCAUUAGCUGAUAUGUGAGCCACUGCUAAAUGGACUCCUGAAUAGUUUUGAGAUUUGCUUGUGUGUGUUGCCUGCAAAGCAGCAGACAAGCACAUCACAGAUGCUGCAGUGUUCCUAGUGUAUGAGUCUAGAUGGCACCAUGGAGGCACAAAAUUUUGGAUUUCAGGUAAAAGACAACCCACGUGCCUGCGAAGUCUGCUGCAGUGCAGCCCCAGAACCAGGACUGAGUCAAAUUCUGCCAGCUAAGCCUGAGAGCAACUGCCUCGAACAGAUCUGAGCAUUUCUUUCUGGAACAUCAACAGUCUUCUGCGCAAUUGUGGAAGCACUGCUUUCCUGAAGUUAUGAUUUGCCUGUUGGUUUAGCAUGGAUGGUAAAAACCAAUUAGUGACUGUUUUUUCAAGACGGAUGGCCGGAUUGGCCAAUUAAAUAUAGGGACACACCUCUGGGUCACGCAAGAAUAAAAUCAGCCCGGGAAGGCUCUCUUCCUUCUAGGCCGGUCCCAAGUUAACAUCGUGGGUAGCAGAGGAGGGUCCGGCUCAGGCCCUGCUGCCCUUGGGCGACUGGGCCGGGCCGGGCCAGGCCUCCGGGAGCCGCUGCCAGCACGGGGAGCGGCCCGGGCCGGCUGAGGUCCCCCCCCUUUUCCCUCCGGCUGAG